CAGCCUAUACUCCACAGCAAAACGGAGUAGCUGAGCGCAAAAAUCGCACGGUGAUGAAUUUGGUAAGAGCUAUGUUAACAGAAAAAGGGGUACCCAAGAAGUUGAAGCCUGAAGCUGUCAUGUGGGCAAAUCAUGUCUUGAAUCGAUCUCCAACACUUGCAGUAAAAGAUAUGACACCAGAAGAGGCUUGGAGUGGAGUGAAACCAGCAGUAGACCAUUUUCGAGUUUUUGAAUGUGUGGGAUAUGUUCAUGUCCCAGACGCUAAGAGAAAAAAACUUGAAGACAAAAGCAUGGUUUGUGUUUUUUUCGGAAUCAGCGGCGAAUCAAAAGGGUACAGGUUGUUCAAUCCAGUUGAAAAGAAAAUCAUAGUGAGCCGUGAUGUAAUUUUUAAUGAACAUCGUAAAUGGGAUUAGGAGAGUUUUGAGGAUGAAGCUGAUUUAGAUUGGGAAGAAAGCAUCGAAAUUCCAGCAAAAGGAGAAAACACAAAACAAACAGGCUCUGCUUCAUAUGAUGCUAUUGAAACUACUGCCGAACCUAUUAUUACUGCCUCAUCUGCUGAUGAAUUUACUGCACCAAAUAACGAAUCAGAAUUGGCUUUAAAGGAGGGCAGAAGUCGACGUCCACCUAUAUGGUCAACUGAUUAUGUGUCCGGUGAAGGAUUGUCUGAAGAAGAUGUUAACAUGGAAGAUGAUAUUAAUAUGGUUUUUUUAAUGGUUUCAGAUCCUGUAAACUAUGAAGAAGCAGUCAAGAGCUCAAAGUGGAAACUGGUCAUGGAUGAGGAGAUUAAUUCCAUCGAGAAGAAUCAUACUUGGCAUCUAGUCGUUCUACCUGCUGGUGCGAAGAAAAUAGGAGUUAAAUGGAUUUAUAAAACUAAGCUAAAUGAGCUUGGUGAGGUUGAUAAAUACAAAGCGAGGUUGGUGGUGAAAGGCUACACACAAGAGCAUGGAGUUGAUUAUACUGAGGUUUUUGCGCCCGUGGCUAGAAUGGACACUGUAAGGAUGAUCAUAGCAUUUGCGGCACAGAAUGGCUGGACACUUUAUCAGUUAGAUGUCAAAUCAGCCUUUUUACAGGGAGAACUGAAAGAAGAUGUUUUUGUAGAAUAACCAAAAGGCUAUGUCAAGAGAGGGAAUGAGCAGCUGGUAUACAAACUUAACAAGGCUCUCUACGGGUUGAAACAGGCAGCUAGAGCCUGGUUUAAGCCGAAUUGAAGCCUACUUCAUCAAGGAAGGAUUUGAAAGCAGUUCUAGUGAGCACACACUCUUUGUUAAAAGGAAGGGAGGUAAAAUUCUUAUUGUAAGUGUGUACGUUGAUGAUUUAUUGUUUACCAGUACUGAUGAACUAUUGUUGGGAGAGUUCAAAUGUUCUAUGAAAAGGGAAUUUGAUAU